AUGGACAGAGUUAUUCGAUAUUAUACUGCACAGAAAAACGGUAGGACAAUACCUGUUAAAUUAGUCGAGGUGCAGAAAAAAGUUGGCUCAGACACUACUGUUAUCAAAAAGCUAAGGGAGAGGGAACAUCAUUCUUCUCUUCUUGUUCUUAUGGAUACCAACUCACCAGACAAUAUUGAUCUGCUUAAUGAAGUGAUUGUGGCCAUAGUGCCAUUUCCUUAUUAUAGUCAUAUAAACCAGCUUUUCAUCCUUGCUCGCUUCAUCGCCUCCCAUAAUAUACCAGUACAUUUCCUCUGUCUUGCUAAACGAAACCAAGAUUUGAAGCAACGCGUCCAAGAUGGUUUGGAUGUCUCUAACAUUCUUUUCAAUGACCUUUCGCUACCUUCUGAAACAAAAGAUACCAGAGAUGGUGGCGAUGGUCUGGCAUCGCUUCUACUCUUCUUGAAAAAACUUAGCGAGCCAAUUCGUAGAACAUGCCUUGAGCUGUCGACCAAUGCAAAGAGAUUAGUACUAAUUCAUGACACUAUAAUGAGGAGUUAUAUGGGGAAUGUUCAUUCAUUCCCAAAUGUAGAGUCUUAUAAGUUCCAUUCCUUUUCAGCUUUUACCAGAUAUUCUAUGCUCCUACAAAGUAUUGAUGAUAUACUUGGCGAUGAUCAUGAUAAAAUGAUCGAGCAAAUGCAGGAUGAGUUUCUGUUGUUGGACAGUUGGGCUGCACCCGAUAUGGCAGUGUUUGUUAGGAAGGGACAUGAGUGGACGCUCGGCUCAGGAGAAAUAAUCAACUCCUGUAGAGACCUGGAAGGUAAGUACCUAGAUUUACUAGCCAAUGCAAUAGACAACAAGCCGUUGUGGGCUGUUGGUCCACUUCAUAUGCUGCUUGAGUCAUACGACUCAAGCAACAGAACUCAUCAUGAAUGUCUAGAAUUUCACGACAAGCAAGACGUUAAUACAGUGAUACUUGUCUCAUUUGGAACAACCACUACAUUCUCACAAGAGCAAGUCCAUGAGCUCGCGCUUGGUUUAGAACAAAGCAACCAUAGGUUCAUUUGGGUACUAAGAGAAGGUGAUAAAAAGAUGGAAAAUGAGAAAUUUGAAGAGAAAGAUGGGAAGAUUGAAUUACCAGAAGGAUUUGAAGAAAGAACGAAAGGAAGAGGAAUGGUAGUGAGAAAUUGGGCGCCACAAUUGGAAAUCUUGGGGCACCCGUCUACGGGUGGAUUUUUGAGUCAUUGCGGAUGGAAUUCUUGUAUCGAGAGCAUUAUCAUGGGAGUGCCUCUAGCAACUUGGCCAAUCCAAUACGACCAGCCUUAUAACGCUAUUCAGGUAACUAAUGUGCUGAAGAUUGGAACCUCUGUGAAGAGUUGGGCUCGUCGAGAGAAAUUGGUGACAGCAUCAACCAUUGAGAUAGCUGUCAAGACUUUGAUGGGUACGACAGAAGGAGAAGAGAUGAGGCAAAGGGCGAUGGAGUUGAGCAAUAAGAUCAAGAGCUCUGAUAGCCAUGGAGGACUUGCACGCAAGGAAAUGGAAUCAUUCGUAUCCUAUAUUACCAGGUAA